UCUCUCUAUCUCUCUCUCUGUUAUGCCUACAUGAGUUCAAAUUCCAUUUCUGCCCCUCUACCCGAGGCGGCCGGCAGCGUCGGCCUCGGCUACGGCAUUGCCAUUGCCGUCGGCAUCCUCGUCCUCAUCUCCACCAUCAUGCUCGCCUCCUACGUCUGCGUCCGCGUCAAAGGUGGGCCCCACGUGGACCCCACAAACACCGACGUUCCUGUGGGAGUCGUACCGGGGACCGACGCCGCAGCCACCAUCGUCACGGGCCUCGACGGGCCCACGAUCGACUCCUACCCGAAAUUCAUCUAUGGCGGGCCCGGCGGGCCCCAGUGGCGCGACGACGGCACGUGCCCGAUAUGCCUGUCGGACUACCGGCCGGAGGAGACGGUUCGGUACAUACCCGAUUGCAAGCAUUGUUUCCAUGAUACUUGCAUCGACGAGUGGCUACGGAUGAGCGCCACGUGUCCAUUGUGCCGGACAUCGCCUGUGAUGACGCCGGUGGCCACGCCGCUGUCGGAGCUGAUACCGUUGGCAGUUCAUGCCAGGUAAUGCUUUUUAUUUUUAUUUUUUGGGGGGUUUUUUGUUAUUAUAUUGAAUUUUUGUAGAUUAUUUAAGGAUUUAA